AUGAUUUCAUCGGCCAACAAGAAGAAAUCCCUCGAUGAGUGGCUCCCGAUCACAUGGAACCGAAAUGCAAAGUGGUGGAACUCAGCAUUCCACAUCUUGGAUGGUCAGAAGAAAAUGAUGACUGAUUCUCAUAACUGGACCUGUUACUCCACUAUUGCUUGGGUAGCUGCUGUUGAAAAGGGCCAGCAGGAAGGGGUGGACUAUGGUUACAGAGCUUCGACCGCAUCGAAAGUUGUCUUCAACUUCUUGAGUGCACUGGGAGAUGUUGCUUUUGCCUUUGCAGGGCACAAUGUUGUCUUGGAGAUACAAGCAACCAUUCCUUCUGUACCUGAGAAACCUUCAAAAAAACCAAUCAAUGCCGUCGAUGAUAACAUUCUCAUUACACUGGAGAGGCCAAGGUGGUUGAUUGUAGCAGCUAACAUGUUUGUUGUGAUUCAUGCUAUUGGAGGCUAUCAGCUUCCAUGCAUCAUAUGGCUGGUCAUCUGCAAGCCUAAAAGGUUCAGCUUAUCUUGGAUCACAAACUGGAUAUGCAUUGUUCUCGGAGUCAUGUUGAUGAUUUUAGCACCAAUUGGAGGACCAAGGACAAUAAUACUUAGUGCAAAGGAUAACCACUUCUUCUCAUGA